CUCAAAGGCCUCCGUUUUUCCCAAAAAGGAAAUAUCCGAAUUGGGGAAAGGGGCCUGUCGUGAAAUACAUAAGAGGUAGCUAUAUCUACCUUAAGCCAGCACGGAAUAGUUCAUAAUGACCGCAUGUGGUUUUCAUACUAACUAAUUCACUCGUUAAAAAAAAUGGCCAUCACGCUGUCAAGUCUUCUGUCGUUCGGUCUGCUCGCAAGCGGAGGAGUUUACGCGGGCCCCGUAAGCAAGACCGAUGAUAAUAAGGGUAGAGCAGUUCCCGAAGGUUUUGUCACCGUCAAAGGAGGCAAGUUCCAACUCGACGGGGAGGACUUCAACUUCGCCGGGAGCAACGCGUAUUAUUUUCCCUUCGACAGCAACGCGACUGACGUUGAGCUCGGGCUUGCCGCCGCCAAAGACGCAGGCCUGAGAGUAUUCCGCACCUGGGGCUUCAACGACAAGAAUGCCACGUAUGACCCUCAAGGUCUCCCACAGUACGGUGGUGAGGGCGCGGGUGCGACAAAUGCCGUUUUCCAAUGGUGGGCUAAUGGCACUUCUACUAUUAACAUCACCGAGUUCGAUAAGGUCGUCGAUGCUGCAACGAAGGUCGGAAUUAAGCUGAUAGUCACUUUUACUAACAACUGGGCCGAUUACGGUGGUAUGGACGUUUUUACUAUUAAUCUUGGUGGGAAAUACCACGAUGAUUUCUACCGACUUCCUCAGAUCAAAGACGCCUACAAGCGAUACGUCAAGCAGUUCCUCACGCGGUAUAAAGACUCCGCAGCCAUCCUGGCAUGGGAACUAGCCAACGAGCCGCGCUGCGGCGCCGACGCGGUGCGCAACCUCCCGGUGAGCGGGACCUGCACGGCGGACACGCUGACCGCGUGGAUCGACGAGAUGAGCGCGUUCGUCAAGAGCGUCGACCCGAACCACUUGGUGACGUGGGGCGGGGAAGGCGGCUUCAACCGCCGGGAGUCGGACGACUGGGCGUACAACGGGUCGGACGGCGGGGACUUCGACGCCAACAUAGCCCUGCCCAACGUCGACUUCGGCGUCUUCCACACGUACCCGGACUGGUGGACCAAGACCAUCGCCUGGGCCGACCAGUGGGUCCGCGACCACGCGGCCGCGGGCCGGGAGGCGGGGAAGCCGGUCGUGCACGAGGAGUACGGGUGGAUGACGCCGGAGGUGCGCGAGCAGAACGGGAUCCCGCCCGCGAACGCGACGAGGCUAGAAGUCGAAGGCGGGUGGCAGAAGAUCAUGCUUGAGGAGGGCAUGUCGGACUUGUACUGGCAGUACGGGUUCUCGGGGUACUCGUACGGCCGGAACCAUAACGACGGUUUCACGAUUUACUUGGACGACGAAGAGGCGCAGACGCUGGUCUACGAGCACGCUAAAGCUGUGAAUAGCCUCUAAACCCCCAGAACUAUGUACCGGGUAUGUAGGAGAAGAAUGUUUCAAGAGGAUAUCGUUUAAUAGAUAGGGAUAAACUAUCGGAAAAGGGGGUCAAUUCUACCUGAUUGCUCCAACUAGUAGUAGGGAUAUAUUUGUAACUCAAUAUGGCAUCACUACACAUGUUUUAAGAUACGCGGGCCUCUCCAAUCCAGGGAUCAGUUUUCCAUUUGUAAGCGAGAUUUUGAGGAUGACUCGAAUAUGCCUAUUUCCGAUGGAAUAAUUCUGCAAACGAAUAAAAGAAUAGUGACAGCCAUCUCGCAAUUUCCGUUUGAGCACCCAGACAUGAAUAGCGAGCUGAACAACCCCAAGCCAGUAUCCAUUUACAUAUUUGCAGGAACAGUUAGAGUCAUGCCGCCAUCGACGAUCGAAAUGGUGCCCCAGAUAAAGUCGUUCGUAGCAAGCGUAAGAAUAACCUAAAUGAAGGCCAGCGAAUCAUCAGUUAAGUGUCUUUGAUCUAUUGCCUACCUACCUAGGUAGUCUCUUAAUGUAUCUCCCCUAGAGAGGAAAAAAGGGGAAUCUGAAUGUUCGUAUAAAUAACCAAAAAGGGGAGCAAAAUAAAAACCACUCACGCUGGCAAGCUCUUGCGGCGU